UCUUCUCAUCUUCACUUCCACAGAGAAGAGAAAAAGGAUAAGCUUCCACUGCAGCCAUGGCAUUCCACCUCAGAUCUGCGAGUGUGCCAUCCAGCCCUUGCUCCAAUGAAACCAACGCUGAAGAACUGCUGCAGAGUCUAAAGGUGACCAUUUCCUCACCCAGUUCAACCAUCGAGACGAUGAGCAGUGGCUGGAAGAAGCUUGGGAGUAUCUACAACUGCAUCGAUGAGAUCAUGUGUCUGCCCAGCAGCCAAGCUCUCCUUUGCCAACCACUGCAGAGGAAAGCAGUGGAGCAAGAGUUAGAAGGCUCUCUCGUCGUGCUAGACCUCUGCAACGCCAUUCACGAGAGCUUUUCCGGGCUCAAGGCAUGCAUCCAGGACAUGCAGCUGGCUGUCAAGAGAGGAGAUGAUGCAGCUGUCCAAGCCAAGAUACAGUCUUACAUCCGCCUCGCCAAGAAGGGGCGAAAACAGUUCAAGCAUAUCAGCAAGAAGUCUUCUUCAGCAGAUCAGGAGAGCUGCAGGGUGAUCAAGCUGUUGGCUGAAGCUAGAGAGAUAGCUCUGUCAAUGCUCGAGUCGUCAUCACAUCUCCUGUCGAAGCAGAUUGCUUUGCCAUGCUCUAGCAAAUGGUCUCUUGUCUCCAAGACAUUCCAGAAAAGAAGGCUUGUCUGCGAGGAGGAGCAAUUGCAGGUGUUGGAGUUAGACAUUGUUGAUCUAGAGACUGGAGUCGAGAAUCUGUUCAGAAAAUCAAUCCAGAGCAGAGUUUCUCUUCUCAACAUUCUCAGCUUGUAGAUAGAUCAUACACCAACUCUGAUUCCAUGCGAUUAGUAUCCGCCUUUUAGAGGAUUUGCUGAUCACUGGAACAAAAUUUUGAUGUGUACAUAUAUGAAAGGAAUUGUACAGAAACUCAGUUGAGAAACAAAAACAAAGUAUUUGUCCACUUCCUAUUGUUGAUUACACUGUUUAUGAAUGUUUGAUAUAAAUACCUAAUUUUCUAACAAUAUGCUCAUCAUUAUUGACUGUUAGAGAAGCAGUUAGCAGAAUUUUCAAGUUCAGCUUCGAAAUGAUUUACUAUGAUACGGCC